AUGGUGGCCAACAAAUCUUUCCUUUUCAAAGAAAUACCAGCAUUCGCGCCGGAGGCUGGCAAAACCGUGGCUACCGAGGUGCGCGAGUUCGACCUUGACCAAGAUCCGCCCGCGAACGGCGCCAUCGUCAAGGGUCUCUACUUCAGUUUGGAUCCGUCCUUCAGAUUCCGCAUGCACGGACCUGAAGUAAAGAGCUACGCACCUGGUUUCAAGCUCGAUGAGCCCUUUGCCGGUUAUGCAAUUGUGCAGAUUCUCAAGUCCAACCACGACAAGGUCGCUGUCGGUGACGUCGUUUUUGGUCGCUUUGAAGUAGCUGAAUACAGCGUCGCAACAGCUGACACACUCGGUUUGAGCAUCACGCGCAAGAUCGACAAUUCAUUCGGAGUGCCGCUUUCGAACUUCUUGGGAAUUCUUGGCACGACCGGGUUGGCCGCCUAUGCGAGUUUGUACGAGAUCGGAAAGCCAAAAAAGGGCGAGACCAUCUUUAUCUCAUCCGCAGCUGGCGCGAUCGGCCAGAUUGUUGGUCAGAUCGCCAAGCAUGAAGGGUUGAAAGUGAUUGGUAGUGUUGGUGAUGAUACGAAAUUGGACUUCAUUUUGAAGGAAUUGGGUUUCGAUGGCGGCUGGAAUUAUAAGAAAGAGAAGACUCACGACGCCUUGAAAAGACUGGCCCCCGAGGGCCUCGAUAUCUACUAUGAGAAUGUGGGAGGUGAGCAGCUUGAAGCUGCUAUUGAUAACAUGAAGCCGUACGGCCGGAUAAUCGGAUGCGGAAUGAUAUCCCAAUACAAUUUGCCCCCUGAUGAGAAAUAUGGUGUGAAGAACUUGAUGUCUCUCGUCGCCAAACGAGUGACAUUCCAAGGAUUUAUUGUCGGAGACCCUGGGUUUGGCCCCAAGUACUACAAUGAGAGAAACGAGAAUAUUGGUGCUUGGCUCGCAGAGGGUAGUAUCAAGAGCAAGGAGCAUAUUGUAGACGGCAUGGACAAGGCACCAGAGGCGCUUGUGGCGAUGCUGGAGGGCAAGAGUUUGGGCAAAACUAUUGUGAAGGUGGCUGACCCAGAGUAA